AUGGACUUUGUUCUUGAUGGUCGUCAUUCACCUCCUAUCGACAAUGCACUUGUGAGACCCACUCCCAUUCACAACGAUCAAGCCGAUCCUUGUCGCCAUGAACCAAUCAAGCAGCAGCAACAGCAGCAGUUGCGAUUCUUGGCUGCACCACCGCCAUCACCCCAAGAUGCUUCUUUACUCGAUUCAGUGUUUGCUGCUAAACGACACCAUGGGAAGCUUCCAUGCUCAUUGCAAGCUAGGACAAAUAGCAGUAGCGAUAUGGAUAAUGAUCACCAUCACCAACAACAGCAACAACAAGAGUCACCAUCAUCAUCAUCAUCAUCAACUACUAUGCAACAGCAUGCUAGUCUAUUGAAUCGUCUCCUUCAACAAACAGCAUCAUCGUCAUCAUCCAUACGCUCUCGCACACGACAUUAUACCCCUCGACAGCAUACGCAUCAUUACCACGGCAUCAGUGUAUCACGACGACAUGUGGGAUCAUCAACAUCGCAUCAUAAGCACCAUCGAUCUGGUCACGUGCAUAAACCUUCUCGAAUACCCAUCAUCUCAUCUCGUCUCCGUGCAAGAGCUGCUCUCCACAAGGCAACGAACGAAUUAGCUGAUGCCAUCGCCACCGUACACUUGUCAUCACCACGUCAACAACAGCAACACAAUGAGGGUGAUAGUCCCAUGGCAGAAGAAUAG